UUUUCAUCAUUUUUCUUUCAAUAAAAACAUCCCAAAUUGGAUGGAAAUCCCUAAUUUCAAUAAAUUUAAAUCAAUAUCCCCGCAUUUUCCACCUCAUCACACUUCCUUUCUCUUUUUUUAUCACUCUCAAAUCAAGAUUUCGUCAACCCCAAUUCUCUCUCUCUCAAUUUCAAUUUCAAUUUCCAUUUCAAUCUCAAUCCCUCUCACUUUCUCUUUCUAGCUCCAUCCAUGGACGACAAUGGCGCGAUUCCGAAGGGUAUGACCACGGACGAAUACGCGCAGCUGGAAAACGUGAUCCGCACCUACCACACGUUCGACGCAUUGCCUAACACAUGCACGUCGCUGAUCACGCAGCGGAUCGACGCGCCGGCGGAGGCGGUGUGGCCGCUCGUCCGCCAAUUCGACAAUCCCCAGCGUUACAAGCACUUCAUCAAGAGCUGCCGCCUCACCGGCGACGGCGGCGUCGGCAGCAUCCGCGAGGUCACCGUCGUCUCCGGCCUCCCCGCCUCCACCUCCACCGAGCGCCUCGAGAUCCUCGACGACGACCGCCACAUCAUCAGCUUCCGCGUCGUCGGAGGUGAGCACCGCCUCAACAACUACCGAUCCGUCACCUCCGUCAACGAAUUCAAUCGCGACGGCAAAACCUACACGAUCGUAAUCGAAUCGUACAUCGUCGACAUACCGGAGGGGAAUACCGGCGAGGACACGAAGAUGUUCACCGAUACGGUGGUGAAACUCAAUCUGCAGAAGCUAGGCGUGGUGGCGAUCGCGUCGAUGCACGGCGGCGGCGACUGAAUCCGAUUCAAUUUGUGGUAAGGAAUAAUGGUGGUGGUUGGAUUGGAUGCGCAUUUGUUUUUUUUAAAAAAUAUUUAAGGUGUUAUAUUUAAUUAAAUGUAAUAUUUGAAUAUUUAAUUUGGGGGUAUUUGAUUAAUUAGUGGCUAGAAUUGAAAAACGAAAUGGUUUUUCUUGGUUUGUCUCAUGCAAGUUGGAAGGAAUUAUUUUAAAAUUUUCUAUAGUUGCUUGAAUAGUUGGAGUGGAUUUGUUUGUUGCGUUAGUUUUUUUUCCCCUUUCCAAUUGUUGACAUUUUAAAUUCAAUAAAUGAUUGGCUCAUCAUCUAAA